AUUCACUGUAUAUUUAUUAUGCUUAUAGUGGUUCUAUAAACACGUGACAAGAAACAACAAAGAGCAAAGAAAAAACUCAAGACAUGGGAGACAUAGAUCCAUCUUACAUACAAUCCACAGAACACCGUCCCAACUUAUCUACCUUUGUCCAAGUUGAUGAAAUUCCAAUCAUCGACCUCUCACAAAGUAAUCAACUAAACCUCAUCUCAGAGAUUGGCAAGGCGUGUGAAGAAUGGGGAUUCUUUCAAGUAAUCAACCAUGGAGUUCCCUCUGAUGUUAGCAAAAAGGUUGAGAUUGAGACAAAGAAGUUCUUUGAGCUAAGCUUAGAGGAGAAGAAGAAAGUGAAAAGAGAUGCAGUGAAUGCAAUGGGGUAUCAUGAUGCUGAACAUACUAAGAACAUAAGGGAUUGGAAAGAGGUUUUUGAUUAUCUUGUUGAGAAUACAACACUAGUUCCUUCUUCUCAUGAACCAAAUGACUCAGGGCUAAGAACUCUCACCAACCAAUGGCCACUAUACCCUCCUCAUUUCAGGGAAACAAUGGAGGAAUAUGCAAGGGAAGUGGAAAAGCUAUCUUACAAGUUAUUGGAGUUGAUUUCGUUGAGCUUAGGCUUACCUGGUGACAAAUUCCAUGACUGCUUCAAGAAUCAACUAAGCAUGGUGAGGCUGAAUCGCUAUCCUCCGUGUCCUUUCCCUGAUCUGGCACUUGGUGUCGGUCGUCACACUGAUUCUAGUGCCUUGACUGUGCUUGCACAAGAUGAUAUUGGAGGCUUACAAGUUAAGAGAAAAUCUGUUGGUGAUUGGAUUCCUGUUAAACCUACUCCUUCUGCAUUCAUCAUCAAUGUCGGUGACGUGGUUCAGGUUUGGAGCAAUGACAGGUAUAAGAGUGUGGAGCACAGGGUGGUAGUAAACACACAGAAAGAAAGGUUUUCAAUUCCAUUGUUCUUUUAUCCAGGUCACCAUGUUGUAGCGAAACCAGCAGAAGAGCUGGUGAAUGACAAGAGUCCUGCGAAAUAUAAAGCAUACAAUAUUGGUAAAUUCUAUGCUAAUAGAAACCGUAGUGAUUUCAACAAACGCGAGGUUGACAAUAUCCAAAUUCAUCAUUUCAGAGUUUUGGAUUAGAGAUGUUUAGCUCCAGUGAUAGAGUUUCAAGUGUUGUUUUUCAUAUCCCCAUUCUCUUUUAGGACAGAAUAAAAUCAUGAACAGAUUAUUCAUGUGGAAAUGUAAUUUUAAGUCAAUGUUUACAAUUCUGAAAUGUUGAGGGAUUGAUGCCAUGCUAAUAGAAUAAUCUUGUGCAAAUUUAGAUGAAACAAAUAUAUAUACUAGAUGAUGAAAGACAUUUGACUA